GCCGCAAAAACAAAUCUUUUUUUCCGAACCCUGUGAUCCGCCCCAAAAGCCGGAAUGGGCGAGACCCCCAAGAUUCCCCUCUCAGUGACCUGCGGCGUGUAGUGAGCAUGUAAUCCACGGUUCCAUUUCCACCCGUAGUGCACCAAGUUAGGAAAAGCCACCUCCCUGACGACCAGCACACGUCCCGGUCAUCAUGUCUUCCCUUCGCCAGCAAACCAUCGUCCAGUAUUCUAUUCUUGUUGCGGCCUCACUCUUCGCCUACGGUGGCUCGCUGCACGGAACGUUCGUCUUCGACGAUUCGGCGGCGAUCGUCAAGAACAUGGAUGUACGUAAUGUGGCCACACCGUUUCGCACUCUGCUGCGACACGAUUUCUGGGGCAACAAUCUGACCGACCCAACGAGCCACAAAUCCUUCCGUCCGCUAACCGUACUUAGCUACCAGCUGGAGAGCCGGUUCCUCGGUCUCAAUGCAGGGCACAUGAAGAAACUCAACCUGGCCCUCCACACAAUCUGCAGUUUGAUAGUGUUGCGAUUGUUUCAAGUCCUGUGCAGUGAAGGUGAACAACACUUUCGUACCGCCUUCUGGGGUGCCUUCCUGUUCACCGUACAUCCGGUACACACGGAGGCAGUCGUUGGGAUUGUGGGACGAGCGGAUCUCCUGGCGGCCAUCGGAUACAUUACGAUCAUGCUGCUUUACCUGCGAUGGAUGGAUAGUGGUCGAUCCCAACGAUGGGGAUUCAUUGUGUAUCCAGUGCUUUUUGUUCUCACCAUUGUUUCGAUGCUUUGCAAAGAAACAGGAAUCAUGGCGCUAGUCAGCUGUGGAGCAGUAGACUUACUGAAACGCAUCAAAUGGCCACUACGUGGCUCAGUGCGCGAUCUUCUCCAUACUCAUCGGUCUUGCCUGGGGAGAAUCAUCGUGCUGGCGGCACUGUCACUGGCCGCUCUCACGCUCCGUCUCUGGAUUAUGGACUUUGAAAGUCCCCGGUUCCAUCGAAUGGAUAAUCCGGUCGGAGCAAGCAACAGCACACUGACGAGGGUGCUCUCGCAAAGCUAUCUUUACUGGAUCAACCUUUGGCUGCUCGUAUGUCCGGAUUGGUUAAGUUUCGACUGGGCCCUCGGUUCGAUACCGCUGAUCGAACAUCUGAACGAUUUGCGGCUUUUGCUGGUGGCACUGUUUUAUGGUCUUAUCGCGGUGCUGUUACUUCGAGUGCCGUCAACGAAACGCACCGAAGUUACACUCUCCCUAGCCCUCACUAUCAUCCCGUUCGUCCCUGCGUGUGGCAUCGUUCGAGUCGGUUUCGUGAUUGCAGAAAGACUGCUUUAUCUGCCUUCGGUUGGAUUCUGUUACCUGAUAGCGAUCGGAUGUCGUCGGUUGAUCAAGCGAUCGUUCCUAUUCUACAUACCGCUGUGCUUCCUCUGUACAGUGUUUAUCCUUAAAACACAAUCACGAGCACACGAAUGGACAAACGAGGACCUUCUGUUCCGUUCGGCGUUGCGCGUUUGUCCCGGUAAUGCCAAAGUGUACUACAACAUAGCACGGUUAGCCACGGAUCAGGGAGAUCGGAAGACGGCGUUCGACUUCUACCGACACGCCAUUGCGCUACAUCCGGAGUAUGAGGCGGCGCACAUGAACCUUGGUAAUCUGUACCGCGAGACGGGUGAUCUCGAUACGGCUGAAAGGCAUUUACUGAGAGCGAUCGAAAUUCACGAACCAUUUCCAUCGGCCUGGAUGAAUCUGGGCAUAGUGCAAGCGGCCCAAAGGAACCACGAUGCCGCUCUGCAGAGCUACCAGCGGGCACUCGAACUAAAACCCAACUAUGCCAACUGUCUGUAUAAUCUGGGGAACUUGUACAUUGAUAUGCAAAAUUCAACGAUGGCACUGCGCUACUGGCGGGAAGCGAUACAGCAAAAUCCACGACACAGCAAAGCGUGGGCCAACAUUCUUGCCCUGUACGAUAACCGGGGUCGUACGGAGGAUAUCAUACGAACGUCUGAACUAGCACUUAGCUUCCUGCCGAACGAUACGGCCAUCCUUUUUACGCGUGCCAAUGCGUUCGGCAAGCUGGCCCAAUACGAGAAGGCUGAAUCGUUGUAUCGACAGAUCAUAGCCGCACGGCCCGAUUAUGCCGUUUAUCGUGCCAACCUCGGUGUACUGUACCACCGGUGGGGCCAGCGGGAAGCACAAGCUAUCGAACAGUACCGGGCUGCAUUGAGGAUUGAUCCGAAUCUACGCAGCGCGAAAACGAAUCUGCUCAAACUCAUGGGUACCACGUGAGGUGCGGCGCAGUGUGCGCAACAUUCCAAUUUUUUUAUGGUUGUGGAACGAUGUAGACUUGAUGAUGCCUACCGAUGGCAUCAUUACAGCAGAGCUGUCCUUCCGUAACGAUAUCGAACUCUUAUCGAAAGCAUCAUAUCCUUGUAGAGCCAACUAACGAACAAGUCAAGCAAUAAUUUAUACAUCGAACGAAAGUCACGACGAAAUAUAACACUAAUCUCGACA